AUGUCAGAAGACGUUAAAAAAAGAAACAGGUUGACCCUAGUUUGCUCAUAUUGUAAGAAGAGAAAAGUUAAGUGUGAUAAAGGAAGACCAUGCAGUGCUUGUAUCAAACAUAACGUGGGCCACCUAUGUAGUUAUACGGAGAAUCCUUGGAUUGAUCUGGUUGGUGCGAAGCAUGAUGGGGAGACAGUAGGAAAUGUGCCUAGGUUUAUAGUUAAAAAUAAUACAACUGAGACUCCACCUGUUAACUAUGGCCAAUAUGAGCACCAACAGCAAGUGGAGCGACCUUUGAACUCAAGUCUUCCUCCUGAGUAUCAUGGCCAAACUCCACCACUUCAUCGUGGUGCAUACCCUACCCAACCAACUCAAGCUCUAGCUCCAUAUUCAUUACAGCAACCUCCACAAAGUGUUCAGGCGCCUGUAGGUUACCAGACAGUUACAGGAGUUACUUCGCAGUAUCCACAGGUGAACUUGAAUUCAAAUGUGAAAGCCAGUGAGAAGACUUAUUUGCCUCAAUAUACUUCAGCUACUCCAGCUGCAGAGCCUAUAAUUCAAGCUCAACCUAUGGUUGUUCAAGAAGGUGUUGUACAGAGUGAACUUGAUGCCCUUAAAGAUAAAAUCAGACAGAUUGAAGCUUCUAUUACAGUAGCGAAUUUAGCCCAACCAAACACCAGCGUAGCUUCCCAGCACUUGACAACACCCGGUUCUCCUAAAGCAAAAUCUCAAGUAAAUUCUAUGCAACAGAACUAUAGUAACCAACUAAAGCCGCUUCACCAAGCAGUUGCUCCACAAACUCAAGCACAGUAUUUUCAACAGCAACUUGGUGAUACCAAAAGGACAAUUUCUACACCAUCAUCUGCAUUUGACCACACCAGUCCAUUACCUGCGAAUAACGUUGAAAAAGGCACCAGAAGUAAUUCAAUCCAACUACCUCCUUUAAUGUGGUCAAAUCCCCACCUUAGAGCAUCAGUUUUUGAAAAGGACAGGGUCAAUAAUUCAAACGGAAGUGGUGGCAGAAAAGUAACUGACUCUUUGGCAGGAAUGAACCCUGUAGAGUCUGACGCCGACCAUUUUAAUCUAUACGAAGGAUACACCCCAAUUCAUAUUCGUGACUCAACUAGGAGGACAAAUUAUGGACCGUUCUCCUGGUUGUCCAUUAUGCGUAAAGAUCCUGCUUUACUUAUACUAUGGCAAUGUCUUGCAAAUCCAACAAAAGAAGCAAAAGAGAAAAGUUUGAUGCAGAAGAGCGGCGUAUAUCCCCAUGUUAUCGAUGAUAAAAAAGUUCAACCUAGCAAUGGUUCCAAAGGUGUAGAACACCAAACUGAUUUUACUGGGAAUAGUGAGCAUCCUUCUUCCAAAUCAAGAACUAUGGGUUGUAUUACAAUUAUUGAUAUAGAAAAUCAUGAGGAGAAUAGCCACCCCAUUAAAAAAAGAUUCAAGUAUGCUGAUUCUGAUGAUAGAUUUAGGGAAAUGGCACUUGAUAGGGAUGGUUACAACGACAUUCGGCCAUAUCAAGAUUUGAAACGACAAUCUUCCUCAAAUCAAGAAGAAGACGGAAAAUCCAAUUCUCUGGUAGCUGGUACUGAAAUUCAUGGACUGAAAGCUAACCGAAAUGCUCCACCGGGAGGUGACACGGUCAAUAGAAGUACCUUGGCUCCCGACAAAAGUAUUCAGAAAAUGAAUGAGAACACUAUCUCUCUAGGGCUCACUCUUUUUGAUCGUAAGAUUGACCAAGAAUUAAAAUUAAUUGAAAAAAUCCAAGUAAUGCUUCCUGAAAAGAGAAUAAUAUGGAUAUUAAUUCACAAAUAUUUUGCCGUCGUCUAUCCCUUUUUACCUAUUAUUGAUGAGUUCAAUUUUGUGAAGGAGAUGUCCAGGAUAUUGGGCCCAGAGGAAAAGAAGGAAGAUUACUCUAACAAAGAAUGUGAUAAGUUUGAGCUUCAAGUGGAAAAGCGGUUAGAUUUUGCUAACUUAGGAAUUUUAUUGAUAAUGCUUAGAAUCACCUAUUUAUCUUUAUUUACUAAUAGGAGUUCCUUAAACGAACAAAAUUUAAAUUCCACUGACACUUCAGCUAAAGCUACGGAAUUGAAACUUUUAUUAACCAAUCCGAUAAGUAUGGAUAUUGUGUAUUUGGCUCAGUUGUGCUUGGACCAAUUUCUGUUAAUGCAACAAUCAAAUUUGGAAGUUCUUAAAUGUUCAUUAUUCAUGCGUUUUUACCACAAGUUUGCACCAGAAGAGGGAGAUGGACUAGACGGAGGAGAUUCUCAAAUUUCUACCGGUAUGUUAGUUCGUAUGGCUUAUCUGCUUGGGAUUAAUAGAGAACCCGAUAACUAUCCUGAAAUACUUCAAAAUCCCAGAGAGAACAACAUUACUAGGAAAUUAUGGGGACUGUUAGUAAUAAGUGAUUUGAUUUUAUCAAUUUCUUAUGGAAGUCCUUUGAACACUGAUCCGAAACAUAGCGAUAUCAAGGCCCCGUAUCACGUUCCAGGGAAUGAAAAUAUCAGCAAUACAGACAUAGAAAAGUUCGUUAUUAGCACAUUUGAUAACGUCGCUAAUUUUUAUAACUACGCUCGAGAAUUGCUCGAUAUAUGUCUCUCCAUAAAAGGUAAGAUAAAUUUGCAGUACCUUACAUCUAAGAUAUCCGAGUUUGAAGUAUAUUGCGUCCAAACCUUUGGAGAUAUCGAGUCAUACCUUGUACCAUUUGAUGAAAAAGUUUAUUCGUACCCUUUCCUGAAGUGCCAAAAAUGCAAAUGUGCAAUUAUGAUGAGAAUUCUAGUAAUUAGUCUCUUGUUCCAUAUCUACCUUUAUUACGAGAAGAAGAAUAAUAUAGAUUUGACCUUCUUCUAUAUGAAAAAGCUAUUGCAGAUUUCUUUAUGCGAACUAUUACCAACUUAUAGCCGAUUAGUCUGGAAUAUGCACCGAGAUUUUGGGGAUGCUUCUAUGUUAUUUUUGAAUCCAACUAUUGAAGAAAUAAUGCAUAAAUCAAAUCAUCUAAAUUUUGUGGUAAUUAUAAGACUUAAUGCCACAAUAUACAGAAUGAAGAAAGACCCUUUACAUCAAAAGAGAUGCCUCGAAGAUAUGAAUUACGCUUUGAAAUACAGUAAGUUAUGCAAAUUAUCUGCCAAACUUGAAAAGUCUAUAGCCAUGUGCGUAUCCACAAUGAGUAGAUUGACAAGUAGAUACUACUACGCUUGGCGAGUAGUCAAAUCUAACACCUACUUUUUAAACAAAGUGUACGAAGAAAAUGCAAUGAAGGUCUUUGAAAAUGUACCAGAAGUUAGGUUCCCCGAUGUGAGCGUCGACCAAAUUGAUGAGCUUAUUGAACUUGCAGAUGUGCCUUUAAGGACCAGAUCGAAAAAGGAUGAAAGAGGAGAAGCAGACCAGCAAAAGAAUGAAGAGAACACCAAUAAUUAUGAGGCAGAUAAGACAAAUAAUAUCGAUAAGGAUACAGGGCCACCUAAGCUCACUCAUUCAGUAUUGGGACUUGAAGGAUCCAAACAUCCGAACCAUCUAUUGAGUACAAAAGGAGGAACAGACCUAGGAACAAGUGCUUCAGAGCAAGAAGAAGUAUUCGAUAAUGACACAAUUGAUAAACUAUGGUAUAAUUUAGCUUCGAAAAAGGUCCAAAACGACUCAGACAAUCAUAAUAACGGUCACUAUCCUAAUGUACAAGGGAAGAAUAAUAAUUAUAAUGCACAGAAUGUCCAAGGGGCAUAUCAUGAAGCGAACAACUUCAAAAGUAAUGGUGUUGCAUUAGAGAAUUCUAAUUUACGAGGAGAGUACAAUCGUAUAGAUGCAAAUAAUAAUCCUCUGUUUGGGCCCUUAAUUAAUACUCCCUUUCCUGAGGAAGACCCAAUUCUGUACUUGAGAGAAUUUGAUUUACUUCCUUUUGAUAUGGAUGACUUUUCAAGAAUAUAUCGACUCGAUUAA